CAAACGACGAACCUCCUCAGUCUGGAUUUCUUCUUAAGAUUCUUAUCUGCGAGUAUGAGGCUCAAGAGGAAUGGUUCAUACACACUGAUCGGGAAGUCCAAGGGAAAGCCAAAUGGUAAAAAGCCAGCACCGGAAGAGAAGAAACUUUACCUAGAGCCAGAAUACACAAAAUCCAGAAUUACCGACUUUGAAUUUAAAGAGCUGGUGAUGCUACCACGGGAAAUAGACCUCAACGAGUGGCUCGCCAGCAACACAACAACUUUCUUUCAUCACAUCAACUUACAAUAUAGUACAAUCUCAGAAUUCUGUACAGGAGAGUCGUGUCAGACCAUGGCAGUGUGCAAUACACAGUACUACUGGUAUGACGAGCGGGGGAAGAAGAUCAAAUGCACUGCUCCGCAGUACGUCGACUUCGUCAUGAGCUCAGUGCAGAAACUCGUGACAGAUGAGGACGUCUUUCCAACAAAAUAUGGCAAAGAAUUUCCAAACUCGUUUGAGUCCUUAGUGAAGAAGAUCUGCAAGUACCUGUUCCACGUGCUGGCCCAUAUCUACUCCUCACACUUUAAGGAGACUUUGGCACUGGAGCUGCACGGACACUUAAACACGCUCUACACACAUUUUAUCCUAUUCAUCAGGGAGUUCAACCUGGUGGACCUUAAAGAGACCACCGUCAUGGACGACCUCACAGAGGUCCUCUGCAGCAGCAGCGGGAGCAGCAGUAAUGGGAGCGGCAACGGGAGCAGCAACAGCGCAGGAGCACAGAACCACGUGAAAGAGAGAUGAGCCCUCCUCCAGGAUCAAAACUAACAUUAAAAACAAUAUUAUAUAUUAUGUGUGUAUGUGUAUGUAUAUGUUCAGAUAUACAUACAGGCAUAUACAGCUAUGAAAGCUGAAAGAAAUUAUGCUGCCACCACAGGACGUGUAGUCAUACGGGACUGUAUGGAGCUUUGGUUUAAUGCGCCACCUGGCGAGAAGUUGCACCAAUUUUUAUUUUAUUUUCUGUCCACUCCUCCUUUUACCUAUUCAGGUGGAUGGUGAGUGCUGUUUUUAGAGGAGAGCCAAGCCUGAGAGUGGGGCCACUCUUAUUUCUUUGUUUUGUUUUGGUUGUUUUGGUUUUUCUUUCUUUGGUCUUGAGUGCAAGCCCUCCAUCUUCUGAGGAUGGUUGUCUUGCCAUUUUAAAAAUACCUAUUAUAUUAUAAGAAGUGACUUUUACUUUGAAGUGGCUUAAAAUGCAGAUUUGUUUGGGUUUUUUGGGGGGCGGGGUGGUUUUCUGGUUUGGUUUUACAUAGACUGCCCCUGACCCCUGCCGAAAGCUUCCCAGUUGAGUGCAUCUUGCCCUUUGCUAGCUUGGAAUGGGAAGAAACUCCUGGCUUGACUAGAGCAGCAACUAGGGGCUUGCUACGUGUUGAGAGUGGGCAUGAUUCUCCAGUUGUUACAUCUACUCGGUCACAACAUGCGAAUGUGCAAGAGGAUCCACAAGCCUUUCUGCUUAUUGCUCCUACAACAUAUAUGCUCUCUCCCCUGCUCCCUCCGUCUCCUCUUUUUAUUUAUAAAGAUGUGCCUGGGAAAAGAGAAAGAUCACUGGUCUAAAACCAAUGUGCAAGAGCCACCACCACGUGUUUCCCAUUGAAUGGAGGCCCGGGGAGGGAGGAGAAGGGCACAUUGAGUCCGUCACUGCCUGUGCUAGAAAGAUGGCUGUUGGCAUAAAAUUAUAUUGUUGGCUUAUUUUAGUUCAUCUGUUCUAUAAUAAUAAAAACAAAUCUAUCAGC